AGCACCAGCGAGCCCUGGGCAGGAUUAGGCCCAUGGCUUGGUGGCCGCCAGGUCCUGCGUGGAGCAGGCAGCAGAUGGGGUGUCUCCAAAUCACCCACGGAGCCCCUCUGGUGCUGAUGCUGGCACCUUCCCGAGGCCUCCCCUUCCCCAGUGCACCGUGACCUCAGGUGCACGCCAAACCGGGGGGCUGGAAGCUGCGUCUGACGUCCCCUCGCGCUGGGCUGUCUCAGGAUAUCGGGCUGCCAUGGUCAUUUCCUGCUGGGGAGGAUCCCAGAGCCCACCCCACACCCCGCGGCGGCCGCAUCCCCGCACGCCCAGACGAGCGCCAGCCGCCGUGCCGCGAGGAUCGCCCCGCGCAGCUGCUCCGCACGCCCACCGCUACCAGAAUGGCUGAGACGACCGCUGCCCCCAGCGAAGCGCCCACUCUCCCAAAUGAGUAUGGGGACUACCACAACUGGUCUGAGCUGUUCCACCUCUUCAACUACACCUACACGUUCUGCGAGUUCAGCCUGGAUGAGAAUGUCAAGCGGGUCGUCCUCUUCAUCCUUUACCUGGUCAUCUUCGUGGUGGGCUUGGUGGAGAACCUCCUCGUCAUCUGGGUCAACUGGCAGACACGGGGCAACAAGAGCUUGGUGAACCUCUACAUCAUCAACAUGGCCAUUGCCGACCUCGGAGUGCUGCUCUCGCUACCCAUCUGGAUGCUGGAAGUGAUGCUGGAUUACACCUGGCUCUGGGGCAGCUUCCUCUGCCGCUUCACGCACUACUUCUACUUCGCCAACAUGUAUGCCAGCAUCUUCUUUCUCACCUGCCUGAGUGUGGAUCGCUACGUGUCCCUGACGAGCUCCUCCCUCUUCUGGCGUAAGCACCAGCACCGGGCACGCCGCAUCAUCUGCGCCUGCAGCUGGGUCCUGGCAGCAGCCAUCCCCUUCCUGGAGGUCGCUCACAUGCAGCUGGUCAACACCGGAGAGCCCAUCUGCAUCUUCAUGGCCCCCUUCGAGACCUAUGACGAGUGGGCGCUGGCAGUCAGCUUGGCCACCACCAUCAUUGGGUUCCUCAUCCCCUUCCCCAUCAUCACCGUUUUCAACAUCCUGACGGCCAGGUUCCUGAAGCGCACCAAGCCGGAGAGCAGGAAGCACUGUCUGCUCAUCUACGCCUACAUCAUCGUGUUCCUCGUCAGCUGGCUGCCCUUCCACGUCACACUCACACUGCUCACCCUUGACGGCAACCACAUCAUCCUCCACUGCACAUUCGCUCACUUCCUCUACUUCUUCUACGACAUCAUAGACUGCUUCACCCUGCUCCACUGCGUGGUCAACCCAAUCCUCUACAAUUUCCUAAGCAAAAACUUCCGCAGCAAGCUCAUCUCUGCCGUGGUGAAAUACAUCCCCAAAGACCUAGCCGGCCAGAAAGGUGCAGACAAUUCCUCCUCCACCACACAGCACUCCAUAGUCAUCACGAAGGACAACAACCCCCCCCAACUAAGCGGGGCGUUGGACUGCCCGCUUGUGGCUGGCCCCAGGGGGGUGGCCAGCUCCCUGGGCUCACUGCGGUCAGUAAGAUUAUUUUCCCUGGUGCUAAGCAGACACUUUGCUUUUAAACAACACUUCUUGGCUGGCCACCUACUGUGCUCUGAAGGCAAGGGCAGAGUGCCAGACGUGAAAUUAGAUGGUGCAGGGAGUCGCAGACACGUCGCCUCUGAUGUGCUGCCCUAUCGGAUCUGUUUUGCUAACAAAAGAAUAAGAGAAAGAGAUAUUUCCUGUUUUCCAAAGAAACACUUGUACUCUGUCUGUUCCGAAGCCUGCCCACAAACCCACCACAGGGACCCGACCCCAGCAGCCCCCAACCUUCCCCACAGCCACACAGGGUGGGGAACACGCUGCCCUCUUCCUUUAGCCCAGGGUUUUCUGCAGCCCCUACUUUCACUUACCCGUGUGCUCUGGCCAUAUCCUGCUGCAAAGGUAUGGGAUGAACACUGCCCUUCUGCCCUGAUGCUUUCCCGAGCAGGAACAAGAUGAAAUUCAUGCCUUUGAA